CGCAUUCGCAAGAUCUUCUAGGUGAGUGUAGCAGAUACCAAGAUACCAAGAGAAUACCCCCCUCCCGCCCCCUUUUUUCCAAUCUGUCCAAUUUUCGUCUGGAAAGAUUGGAAAGAUUGGAAGAUAACACACUCACAUACACCCACACCCACACACAAUAUACACACAUACAUACACACCACUACACUAGGACACCUGGCACUCGCAUAGGUACAACGUCCUGCGAUAAGGAGAGCCAGGAUUAUGUUGGCUACUCUCCGCUUAAUGGGGGCCAUCCGCCUUGUUUCAUUUGCAGAAAUUAUUGUUUCACAAUUGCCCAUCUCAGUCGUCAUUCCUAUCGCAACAAACCUGUAAAAACCUGUAGUGGCCCGACAUUGCUAACCUACUUUUUGUUUGCUGUGCAUAGGUCUUUUUGAUAAUGGCCCAUCCGCCCAAUCAUCCCAAUCCCAAUCCGCCGGCUUGACGCUUAAUCUCUCGUCAAACAACCCCUUUCGCAACCGUGCGGCGUCACCGAACAGCUUGCAAUCACCUCCCCAUUCCCCUUUUGAUGACCCUCACCCCCCUCCUCGACCUACCUCGAGAAAUCCUUUCCUCGAUCCAUCAAACCAAGCACCUGCCCGUACUGCGAUCUCUCCCGAUAAAAUGUCCACAUCCCAGGAACCAAAGCCCAGCGUCGAUGACCUUUUUAGCAGCUUAACGUUCGACGAAAAGGCCACGAAGCCUCGAUCAGGAUCCUUGCGACCUCCAACCAACCGCCCUUCUGGUGGUCCAUCUAGAGGUGAAAACAACCCUCCCCGUGGUCGCGGUGCACCACCACCUGCUUCGUCAUCGCAUAGGCCAAGCCGAUCGCAGGAAGAAGCUUUACGUGCACGUCGUUUGCAAGGCGCAUCUAACGGAGAUAAAGGCGCGUCGACUACACCCCACAAGAAGCCCACGGAGCGACGCCCGCGCCGUAACAGCGACUCUUCGGUAAUGGAGAAGCCUUUGACGGAUGCCGAGAAGAAGGCGCGCGACCUGAGACGUAAAGAGCGUGAGCAACGCCACCGAGACCGAGAGGGCAAAGACAAGUCCAAGCCAGCGAAGAAACUUGACAUCAUCGAUCAGCUCGAUGCUACGAGCAUUUAUGGAACAGGAUUAUUCCAUCACGAUGGUCCAUUUGAUGCUUGCAACCCACACCGCAACCGCAAGGGAAGUCGCCGGGCACCUAUGAAGGCAUUUGCUGUAGAUUCUGCCAACAAUUCCAUUGGAGGUGCUGGUCCUCUGACUCAACGACCCGACCACGCCCAAUUUAUGGGACAAGAUCAUGAGGCUGCUUCCAUGUAUGGAAUGCCGGCUAGGAGGACUGGUGGUAGCAAGAGCGAAGCUGUCUUUUUCGACCCCAAGCAAGGAAAUGAGUUUGUCGAGGGCGAGGAGUCACUGGGAUUGGGAUCCUCAACAUUCCUGGAGGGUACCCCGGCAGCUCGAACGGUGAUCGAGAAGACUCAGGCCGAGACGCAGGCCAUGGAGCAACAGAACUUGGGAAGAAAGAAGUCGGUUGUACAACGAUUCCGAAGCAUCAAGCGUGGGCCUCGUGACUACGACGCUGGCCGAGUUACCAGCCCAGAGAGCAGCUAUGCCACGCCGAAGACGGGUGGAAUGUCUGCAGGCAACAACGCUAACGAGCGAAACCCGUUCUUCGCCGAGUUCGACGAAACCGAAGAACACAUUUCGGUGAAGCGCAAAGACUCCAACCCGAGGUCCCCUUCCAGCCCACCGCUACCGAACUCGAAUCUCGAACGUCGAGCGACUGAUGAUGGAGCAGCAGGCGAUGGCUUCCUGUCCCGUGUCAGGAGCCUGAAGGGAGGACGCCGACGGCCGGAUGUGCCAGGCAGAGAAGCACCACCUGCUCCCGGCGUGGCGAUGUAAGCUACCGACAGUUGAAGACGAUAUCGUUUGUGAAUUAUAUCUCAUGAGGUAGUUUAUCCGGAGGCUGCAUCGAGGAGUCGAGCCGGGAUCGGCAGUCCUUUUCUGAGACGAAUACCAACACCAGGGGGUGUUUCUAGGGAUGGGGGGAUUUGACACUGAAUCCAGUGUGGUGGAAUUCAUGGCGAACACGUCUUUCGAAAAUUUUCUUUGAAAGUACAAUACAAGAAUAGAUGUAGUCGGCGGAUGCGCUCAGCUUAGACAGCAAAGCUACUACCUAUUGCCUACAUGUGCAGUAGGGGGUGGUAAGGAAAGCUAUCGGGCACCGGCAUACUUACAUCACCGUCACUCCUUUACAACCUUCAAAACCUUUCCUGUCAGGAUACCUUCUUGCGUUCUAUUGUGUUAAUAGGAAGUAGUAGCAGACUUUCGAGAUGUGUAAAGCAUGGCUAAGAGAAACAGCAAAAGACGGACUAGACGAAGCAUCGCUACCAAAAAAAAACUAGGAGAACGUCGUGCAGAUUGAAUUGAAUGCAUCAGCUCGGUUGCGUAUUUGCUUUGAUAACUAGAAAGGUUAAUAAAUACAUAGUAGCAUACCUAUUGUGUACUGUACCUGUUUUAUAUGUACACAUGAGAUUGAG